AAUACCCAGUAGUGGAAUUGAUGGAUCAAAUGGGACGGUUGACAUUCCGGGAUGUGGCCAUAGAAUUCUCUCCAGAGGAGUGGAAAUGCCUGGACCCUGCCCAGAGGGCUUUAUACAAGGCCGUGAUGUUGGAGAACUACAGGAACCUGGUCUCCCUGGGAGUUUCUCAUUUUGACCUGAGUGUUAUCUCCAUGUUGGAGCAAGGGAAAGAGCCCUGGACUGUGGAGAGGCAAGUGCAAAUAGCAAAAAAAUCGAAUGGAUGGAAAUGGAUCAAAGGUGUGAUCACAGAUCUGUCUCCUGAAUUUGUAAUAAAAAAUGUACCACCAAAAGGGGAGACUAAUGCAGGAGAAGUAUUCCAGACAGUGACAUUGGAAAGACCUGAAAGCUAUGACACUGAAGACUUUUCCUUUAGGGAAGUCCAGAAAAAUGUACAUGACUUUGAGUGUCAAUGGGGAGAUGAUGAAGAAAGUUACAAACCAGUGGAUACGACCGAGAAAGAAAAUCUCCCUGGUAGAAGAGAUCAACAUGAUAGAACGGAUACAGGAAACAAGCUUAUUAAAAAUCAAUGUGGAUUAAUGUUUAAGUCACGCAUGCCUCAACUGCAGCUAUUUCAAAGUAAAAGAAAAGUUGAUGAAUGUAAUCAAGUCAAGUCUAUCAACCAUGGUUCCUCAGUUUCACCACGUCAACAAAUCCCUUCUAGUGUGAAAACCCACAUUUCUAAAAAAUAUGAGAAUGAUUUUAUGUUUUCUUCAUCACUCACACAAGGACACAAAGUAAACAAUGGUGGAAAACCUUACAAAUGUACUGAACGUGGCAAGGUGUUCACUGAAAAUUUACAUCUUGCACGUCAUCAGAAAAUUCAUACUGGAGAGAAGCUUUACAAGUGUAAUGAGUGUGGCAAGGUCUUCAUUCGAAAUGCAUACCUUGCACGUCACAGGAGAACGCAUACUGGAGAGAAACCUUACAAAUGUAAUGAGUGUGGCAAGGUCUUCACGCGAAAUGCAAACCUUGCACGUCACAUUAGAAGUCAUACUGGAGAGAAACCUUACCAGUGUAAUGAGUGCAGCAAAGCCUUUAGUGUACGUUCAAGACUAACUAUUCAUCAGGCAAUCCAUACUGGAGAGAAACCUUACAAAUGUGAUGAAUGUGGCAAGGUCUUCACUCAAAAUGCAUACCUUGCACGUCACAGGAGAACGCACACUGGAGAAAAACCUUACAAAUGUAAUGAGUGUGGCAAGGCCUUCGCUCGAACUUCACAGCUUGUAUGUCACAGGAGAAGGCAUACUGGAGAAAAACCUUACAAAUGUUACGAAUGUGGUAAGGUCUUCAAGCAUAAUGGCUCCCUUGCAAUCCAUCGAAGAAUUCAUACUGGUGAGAAACCUUACCAGUGUAAUGAGUGUGGCAAAGCCUUUAGUGUUCGUUCAGUCCUAACUACCCAUCAGAUAAUCCAUACUGGAGAAAAACCUUAUGAAUGCAAUGAGUGUGGCAAGGUCUUCCCUCGAAAUGCAUACCUUGAACGUCACAAGAGAAAGCAUACUGGAGAAAAGCCUUACAAAUGUAAUGAGUGUGGCAAGGCCUUCACUCAACAUUCAGACCUUGCACAUCACAGGAGAAGUCAUACUGGAGAGAAACCUUACCAGUGUAAUGAGUGCGGCAAAGCCUUUAGUGUACUUUCAAGUCUAACUAUCCAUGAGUUAAUUCAUACUGGAGAGAAACCUUACAAAUGUAGUGAGUGUGGCAAGGUCUUCAGUCGAAAUGCAUACCUUACACGUCACAGGAGAAGGCAUACUGGAGAAAAACCUUACAGAUGUAAUGAGUGUGGCAAGGCCUUCAGUCAAAAUUGGCACCUUGUUAGGCAUCAGAGUAUUCACAGUGGAGAGAAACCUUACAAGUGUUAUGAGUGUGGUAAAGCCUUUAGUGUUCGUUCAAUCCUAACUACCCAUCAGAUAAUUCAUACUGGAGAGAAACCUUACAAAUGUGGUGAGUGUGGCAAGGCAUUCACUCGAAAUGCAUACCUUGCACGUCACAGGAGAAGGCAUACUGGAGAAAAGCCUUACAAAUGUAAUGAGUGUGGCAAGGCCUUCAGUCAAAAUUGGCACCUUGUUAGGCAUCAAAGUAUUCACAAUAGAGAGAAACCUUACAAGUGUUAUGAAUGUGGCAAGGUCUUCACUCGAAAUACACGCCUUGCAAGUCAUCAGAGAAUUCAUAAUGGAGAGAAACCUUACAAGUGUAAUGAGUGCGGGAAAGCCUUUAGAUUGCGUUUAGGUCUAACUACCCAUCAGGCAAUCCAUACUGGAGUAAAACCUUACAAAUGUAAUGAAUGUGGCAAAAUUUUCACUCAACGUUCACAACUUGCGAAUCAUCGAAGAAUUCAUACUGGCAAGAAACCUUAGAGAUGUAAUGACUGUGGCAAGCUCUUCCCUGAACGAUCAAAGCUUGCAAAGCAUCACAGAAUUCAUACUUGAAAGAAACUGUACAAAUGAGUGUGGCAAGGUCUUCAGUCACAAUUCACUCCUUGCAUGACAUUAGAGAAUUCAUUCUCAAGAGAAUCCUUACAAAUUCAGACUAUGGCAAACCCCUCAUGAGUUCAAGCAUUAACAUUGGAGAGCCCAUGCAAAGAAAAAUCAUAUAAUUGUAUGUGGAAGAGGCUUUUUUCAUGCCUCAUAAUGCACUGGGCAUCAAAAUACACAGCUUUGAUGAAAGCACACAUGUAAAUAUAUGUUGAGGCUAUUACCCAGGGGCCAUAAAUGUAGGUGAGGAUUUCUAUGAGGAAUGACUCAAUCUCUAAUUCUCCAUGAUUAACCUUUGAUAUUACAUACUGUAAAAUGAUUGUAAGUCCAAAUAUGUCAAAGCUUAUGGCAUGAUCUAUAUCAAAGGUGCCAGGACAUUUGGAGAUGGCCACUUAACCUUGAAGUUACAAAAUACUUUAUUCAUUUAUUUGAGGAUUCUUGAAAAGGGUACUUUACUAUUCAUAACUUUCAACUUGAACUUUGAAAUCUUACUAUUAUGCCUUUUUCACAAGACUUUCAUUGUGGUCUGAGGGAAAGAAUCCAUUGCAUGACAGGGCCUGCUAUAAGGGUGAGGAUCACUUCCAUCCACGUACCUGUAAGAAGAAGGAUGCUGCCUUUGAAUAUUAAAUACCAUCUGAGUUAGCAUUUGGGAGAGGCAGAGAAUAACGUAAAAGUAUGAUGUCACUCAUCUUGCUCAUUGUGUUCAGGGUUCUCUUCUCCUGACAGGAGGGCACUGUAGGUUAAGGGAGACAAAGCUCAAUCAAGUGACCAUGAUAUAGUGCAGAUCAACAAAUUGGCUACUCAGGUGGCCGACUUACAACAAGCGGUUGCCUUACUGGGAGACCAGGUUGUAAGCCUACAAAAGCAAAUUAGACUCCUUACUAUUGCAAUAUCACUCAAUUUUGUGUUACACCUCACACACCUCACAUAUAUAAUCAGACUCGGUUUCCUUGGGAAAACGUUAAGAACCAUCUGCUUAAUCAAGGAAAUCUGACUGAAGAGAUUGGAAAUUUACAACAAGAAAUAUUAAGUACCUUUAGUCACAAACUUGAUCUACUCUCUGAGGCUGACAUUAUUAAUGGUAUUGCAUCUGGAAUGGAGUCAGCUAACCCACUUUCUCAUCUUAAGAUCUAUGGGAGUUCUGGUGUAGUAACUUUUGUAAUUAUUUUAAUCAUUUGCUUGUACUUAUAGUCUGGAAAAAACUCCGAAGAAGACAAGACUCCGGAGACCAAUGCCUCACAGUGAUGACUAUCCAACUUCAACUUACUUCUAAAAAGAAAGGGGGAGAUGUUGGGAAAUGGAGUUAAGAGACAUGGAAAGUUUCAGGAGUUUUGCAGGACUUUUGUCUUGAAGGAAUCUGUGGGUAUGUUAGUUCACAGACCAGAAACUGCUUAGCAACAAGGGAGACAUUACACCGAUCAGGGACAACUGCAAGGUGUCCCCAGUCUCAGGGCCUGCAAGCCAGCGCCUGGAGCUUAUGCAAGGCAGAGCUUGUCAUGGGGCAAAAGGCUAAGAGACUGAUUAAAGGAUGUCCACCCAGCAGACACCUGCAGGAAAAACCAAUUAGCCUCAAAGACGGUUCCUAUUUCACUCCUGCCCACAUCUCCUUAUAAAAAGAAGUAUGCAGGCUCAGUGUUCCUGUUUUAUGUGUUACUGCUUAAUUAAUGACUUUAACUUAUAUGCUCAGCUAGGUCUAUUUGUUAAUUAGGGCUUACAAUAUUUAUCUUGAAAAAAUUUCGUGACCGUUUGUUCUCGUAGAUAGAAUUAGGUGAGGGAUCUCUUGAAGCCUUUGGGGAGCCUUAAAACCUAAACGAAUCAUCUGUACCCUUAAGUGUAUAACCACUGACGACUAAUUACUCUACCAAUAAAUACUGAUGCGAGACUUCA